AUGUCUCGUCCAGCUAUCACAUUUGUCACAGGUAAUGCCAAAAAAUUAAAAGAAUUCCAAGCCAUUAUUGGUGAUGAUUCAAUUAAAAAUCAAAGUGUUGAUUUAGAGGAAAUUCAAGGUUCAAUUAAAGAUAUUUCAAUUAAGAAAGUCACUGCUGCUGCUGCUCAAAUUAAAGGACCUGUCUUAGUGGAAGAUACUUGUUUAGUUUUCAGUGCUUUAUCUAAACCAGGUAUUGAAUUACCAGGUCCAUAUAUCAAAUGGUUUGUUGAUUCAGUUGGUGUUGAAAAUUUACCAAAAUUAUUAGCAGGAUUUGAAGAUAAAUCUGCUCAAACAGUUUGUACAUUUGCAUUUACUGAAGGUCCAGGUGAAGAAAUUAAAUUAUUCCAAGGUAUUACUGAAGGUAAAAUUGUGGAACCACGUUAUAAUGGUGAUGAAGUUUUCGGAUUUGAUCCAAUUUUCGAACCUAUUGGAUUUGAUCAAACUUUUGGUGAAAUGGAUAAAUCUUUGAAAAACACAAUUAGUCAUAGAUUUAGAGCUUUAGAAAAAGUUAAAGAGUUCUUGAAAACUAGAAAGUAG